CUCAAUCCUCAUUUUUGUAUUACCUGCUCCGAUUUGGAUUUGUAACUUUUGACCUAGUGGGGCUAACGUGUUUGGUUUCUCUUGAUCUGUAUCUUGAAUUUGGUUUCUUGGUGUUUGAGAACAAUCGAAAUCCAGGACUGUUAAGCAGGAAAUAUUGCUUCCCAUUUAGAUUGAGUUUGUGGAGUAUUUUGCAUGAUUCCACUUUAUUAGUUAGUAAUAGGAACUCACUUAAUGCACAAGUGCAGGAGUAUUUUCUCGAUGAGAUUAAAUGGUUCAACUUGCAGUUUGAAUUGUUCUUAAAUCAACUCUUCUAUGGAUUGAUGAUCUAUGAUUGAUGAUCUAUGUACGGCCUAGUUUUUCUGUGAUAGGUUGUACAAAAUGUUCGUGUGGUUACAGACGGAAAUUUCUGGGUGGCCACGGAGACAAGUUUAUGUGCCACAGGACUGCUGUUACAAAUUCCCUGAAGGUCAAAUGACGAGUGGGGCUUUCUAUCUUCCCCUGCUGUGAUUAUUUUCUAUUCUCUUCAUUUUAACAGAGAGAUGGAAGUUCUUUCUUGCUGUACACCAUUUAUUUCUCUUCCCACCGUUUCACUCAAAUCCAGGGGCUCUCCAGUGAAGCCAGUUAUGUGCUCAAUUGUUAACAUUAUCCAAACAAGAAACUCUAUGUUUCGAAGGAAACAUGGUGGUACAAUGUGGGAUCCUUUCAACCGUAACUUGGAUGUCUAUCAACCAUUUUAUGAUAUUAAUUGGCAAAGUCGGUGUAAGGUGCCACGAAAUAUUGUUGUGCGGUCCGAACUUGCUGGAACUGGGUCUCCUCAUGCUGCCUAUCCACUUGCAGAAACUCAGUUGGGCUCAAAAGUGAGAGGAAUUUGUUUUUAUGCUGUGACUGCUGUUGCUGCCAUUUUUCUUUUUGUGCUCAUGUUGGUGGCUCAUCCUUUUGUUAUCUUAUUUGAUCGGUACCGAAGGAAAGUACAUCAUCUUGUUGCAAAGAUUUGGGCAACUUUAACUGUUCUUCCAUUCUUUAAGGUAGAAUUUGAGGGAUUAGAGAAUUUGCCACCACCAGAGACCCCUGCUGUAUAUGUUUCUAACCACCAGAGUUUUUUGGACAUCUAUAUUCUUCUAAUUCUUGGCAGAAGCUUCAAAUUCAUUAGCAAGACUGGAAUUUUUGUCUUUCCUGUUGUUGGAUGGGCAAUGUUCCUAAUGGGUACUAUUCCCUUGAAACGAAUGGACAGCAAAAGUCAAUUGGACUGUCUAAAGCGUUGCAUAGAUCUAGUGAAAAAGGGGGUUUCUGUUUUUUUCUUUCCUGAGGGAACCCGGAGUAAAGACGGGAAGAUGGGAGUAUUUAAGAAAGGUGCAUUUAGUGUUGCGGCAAAAACUGGAGCACCAGUUGUACCAAUUGCGCUUUUGGGAACUGGCAAUCUUAUGCCUGCUGGGAUGGAGAGCACAUUGAAUUCGGGAACUGUGAAAAUUAUCAUUCACAAGCCUAUAGAUGGAAACAAUCCAGAGAUAUUGUGUGAGAAGGCAAGAAAUACUAUAGCAGAUGUUCUCAAUCAUCAUAGCUGAGUUGUGCAUUGUGUAAUUUUUGUUUCGUUUUUCAAAUUUAUGGUGUAGAAGAGAAGGUUUAAUUUGAAAGGUAUAAAUUAAUUGCAA